GUGUAAUCUUUCGAUUAUCAUCGGCGUGCGGUCGCGGAUAUGAAGGCCCGCAGAGGAAACAAAGCGAAGUCGUGGUGCCUGACUUGUCGCGAGAAACCGCAGACUGUGGAUUCCGACUCGAGCGACCGGGAAAGCGGAGAAAACACGGAGAACAAAGUGGAGAACGUAUCGAAGAACCAAGAGGAACCAAGAGAUGUUCCUCUAGCACUGGCGGAUCAAGGCUACAAGUACGAUCUCUUGGUCAUCGGUGGAGGAUCCGGUGGCUUGGCAGCAGCUAAGGAAGCUGUAGGGCUGGGAGCCAAGGUAGCAGUUCUGGAUUAUGUGAGUCCUUCUCCACGUGGUACCACUUGGGGUUUGGGUGGCACCUGUGUCAAUGUGGGAUGUAUACCAAAAAAAUUAAUGCAUCAAGCUGCAUUGCUCGGUGAAGCCAUUCAUGAAGCAGCUACAUUUGGUUGGCAGUUACCAGAUCCCAAGACCAUCAAAAUUGACUGGGAAGCCUUGAGAACUGCUGUACAAAACCAUGUUAAGUCUGUUAACUGGGUCACUCGUGUUGAGCUUAGAACAAAGGAAAUUGAUUACAUCAAUGCUCUUGGACAUUUCAAGGAUGCACACACAAUAGCUGGAAUUACCAAGAAAGGGGAAGAGAAAAUUAUUACUGCUAAAAAUAUAUUACUCGCAGUAGGUGGUAGGCCUAGGUAUCCUGAUAUUCCAGGAGCUCUAGAGUAUGGCAUAAGUAGUGACGAUAUCUUCAGUUUAGAGCAUGCUCCAGGAAAGACUCUUGUUGUUGGUGCUGGAUACAUCGGCCUGGAGUGUGCCGGUUUUCUCAAUGGCUUAGGCUAUGAUGCGACAGUAAUGGUGCGGUCGAUCGUGCUGCGCGGUUUCGAUCAGCAAAUGGCGAACAUCGUCGCCGAAGAGAUGCAGCAACGUGGCGUGCAUUUCAUCUAUCAGGCGAAGCCAAAGAAGGUCGCGAAGCAAGACGACGGUCGUCUACUCGUGGACUGGGUUGAUAAGGAUGGAGAAGUUCAUCAAGAUGUGUACGACACCGUUUUGUUCGCUAUUGGCCGACGGCCGCUCACGGAAGAACUGAAACCGGAAAACGCUGGGUUAAAACUUCAUUCGGAAAGCGGUAAAAUCGAAGCAACUAACGAACAGACAAAUGUUCCGAACAUUUACGCGGUUGGCGACAUACUUCAUAAAAAGCCCGAACUCACGCCCGUCGCUAUACACGCGGGUAAACUGCUGGCGAAAAGACUGUUCGAUAAUUCAUCCGAACAGAUGGAUUACACGAACGUGGCGACCACGGUGUUCAGUCCCCUGGAAUACGGAUGUGUCGGAUUGAGCGAGGAAGCGGCGGUUGCGCAUUACGGAGAGGAAGAGAUAGAGGUUUAUCACGCUUAUUAUAAACCAACGGAAUUCUUUGUACCGCAGAAGGACGUCAGUCAUUGUUAUGUAAAAGUCAUUGCACUUAGAAACGGUGACCAGAAAGUCCUCGGGAUGCACUUUGUCGGACCAAACGCUGGUGAAGUGAUUCAAGGAUUUUCAGCUGCGGUUAAGUGUGGUUUAACAUUCCCAAAACUGAAGUCCACCGUCGGAAUUCAUCCAACUACCGCGGAGGAGUUCACACGCUUGUUCAUUACCAAGCGUUCGGGUUUGGAUCCGAAACCGCAGAGCUGCUGCAGUUAGACUGAUACAUGCGGAAUAUCGUCAUACUUUUUUUCGAUUACAUUCAUCGGUCUACGCAUUGUUUAUUAGGAAAUAGCGCAGCUCGUAAUUCUAAAGCAAACGACAGCUGUAGACUUUCAAUUCCCUCUGGACGAGAUAGCUUUUCAUAUCACUAUAUGUACGACAGUGGUAAAAA